CUCGCUGCUCGCCCACCCUUCAUAAAUACAGCCCGUACACCACCAAACAGCUCAAGUCCGAUCACAAACAACCAUCAUGUCCACUAUUCCAAAGCCAGGUCCGGCUAACCUUCGUCCCGGAGCCGGUCUAGAUGAGUGGCUGGAGGAGGCGAAACAAUGUCAUUACCUUCCUGAGCCUGUCAUGAAGCAGCUCUGCGAAAUUGUCAAGGAAGUUCUUAUGGAAGAAUCGAACAUCCAGCCUGUUGUUACGCCAGUUACCAUCUGCGGUGAUAUUCACGGCCAGUUCUACGAUCUCCUCGAACUCUUCCGCGUUGCUGGCGGCAUGCCAGGCGAGACAAACGUCCAGGCGCCCAAGACAGCAACAACCGUCAUCACAUCCGAGGACAUCGAGCCCCCAAUGGAAAUCACAGAUCCCAACCUCAAGAAGAAGAUAAGGAGCAGUACAGACAGCGAGGCUGGGGCUGGAAGCGAGAAGGAAUCCCCAAGUGAAGAGACCCCUCAAUCCAGCGCCAACACGGGCUCUCAAUCGGCCGAUACUCGCUUCGUCUUCCUCGGAGACUUUGUGGAUAGAGGGUACUUCAGUUUAGAGACAUUCACCCUUCUCAUGUGUCUCAAGGCAAAAUACCCAGAUCGCAUUGUUUUAGUGCGCGGUAAUCACGAGUCCCGACAAAUCACCCAGGUCUACGGUUUCUACGAGGAGUGCCAGCAAAAGUAUGGCAACGCCUCUGUCUGGAAGGCUUGCUGCCAAGUGUUUGACUUCCUAGUUCUUGCCGCCAUUGUCGACGGUACUGUCCUCUGCGUCCACGGCGGUCUCAGUCCCGAGAUCCGCACGAUUGACCAGAUCCGCGUCGUUGCGCGUGCCCAGGAGAUCCCGCAUGAGGGUGCUUUCUGCGAUCUUGUGUGGAGUGACCCAGAAGACGUCGAUACAUGGGCUGUCAGUCCACGUGGCGCUGGUUGGCUGUUCGGAGACAAGGUCGCGACAGAGUUCAACCACGUCAACGGUCUGACAACAAUUGCAAGAGCGCAUCAGCUGGUGAAUGAGGGUUACAAGUUUCACUUCGCCGAAAAGUCGGUCGUAACCGUAUGGUCGGCACCCAACUACUGUUACCGUUGCGGUAACGUCGCAUCCAUCAUGACGGUGGACCGCGACCAAAACACAAAGUUCAGCAUCUUCUCCGCCGUGCCAGACGAUCAACGGCAUAUCCCCGCAGGCCGUAGGGGGCUGGGUGACUACUUCCUAUGAAAGCACGUUGAGGGCGCGAGGUGAGGUGAGAGGGCGGUGUUAUGAUUGUCUUGUUGUCAAGAAAGCAUGUCGUUGCGUUAUGGGGCGGGUCACGUUUUGUCGUCGGGAAUUGGUGGCAACCACACUCCAAGGAUCCUAAUUUCAUGUAUGACAUUCUGCCUGGGAUUUAUACCUGGCGUUUCCGAGGCGUUAUACUACCCAAUUUUGUGUUUCAAGUGCCAGAAUCAGGCUAUG